CAAGUUCAAUUUCCUUCUUUGUUUGAUCUUUUCUAAACUUCCUUUGCCUUUUAGCCAUGAGGGAAGCUGCGCGGCAAAGAAAGGCUAAUAGGAAAUCAAUAGCACCAAACAAGAGAAGAAGAAGAUCCGGCUACUCGACGAAGAAGAAGAAGAAGAUCCAGCUACUCGACGAAGAAGAAGAAGCAGAUCAUGAUGGAGAAAGGUCGGCUGUUGGGCGGAGAACAAGAAGAACUCGCACGGAGAGAGGCCGGCUACUUGGCGAAGAAGAAGAAGUAGAUCUUGCGUGGAGAAAGGUCAGCUGCUCGGUGAAGAAGCAGAAGCAGAUCUUGUGUGGAGAAAGAUCGACUGCUUGGCAAAGAAGAAGAAGCAAAUCUUGCAUGGAGAAAGGUCGGCUGUUGGGUGUAGAAGAAGAAGAACUUGCAUGGAAAGAGGCUGGCCAUUGGGCAGAGAAGUUGUAGGGAUGGGGUGGGCUACUAUUGGGCGAAGAAGAAGACCCUACACAGAAAAGAAACAAACCGAAACUUCUAGG